AUGCUCAUGGCCGGCGUUGCCUCGUGGGACGGGACUUGCUCUAUUUGGCAGGUUGCACGGAACCCUGCUGGGGCGGUCAUAUCUCAGCCAACUUGGACCACAAUACACGACAGCCCUUUACUUACUAUGUCCUUCUCUGCGGACGGACGCGUCUUUUUCGGAGGGUGCUCAAAGACUGCGGUUAUGUGGGACCUGAACUCAAAUCAGAAAGCUGUCGUCGCAUCACAUGAUUUGCCAAUUAGCUGCCUCGAUUUCCUGACUCUUCCUCAGACGAUGAGCCAAAUGCUCAUCACCGGAAGCUGGGACGGCAAGCUGCGCUGGUGGGACCUGAGGCAGCAGAGUUACGUGAGGGAGGAAAACCUGGGGGAGCCUGUGUUCGCGCUCGAUGCGCAAAAAACGGUGCCGAUGAUGGCUGCCGCAACAGGUCGACUGGCUCACGUGUAUGACGUGCAACAAAUGCAGAAGGUCAACGAACUCAAGCUCCCCGACGUUAUGAAAUUCAACCUCCGCUGCAUUACAUGCGCUCCACAGUACGACGGUGUCGGAGUCGGAUCCUCGGAAGGACGCGUCUCCUUUAUCAGCAUGAAGGACGCGCCAGGGUGCACAUUCAAGGCUCACAUUACCACAGAAAAGUCCCACUAUAUUCUGAGUCAGACCAAUUUUUGUGUGCAUCACCCUACGUUGCCACUCCUCCUGUCCGGUGGCGGCGAUGGUAAUUUGACAGUUAUCAACCGCGCCGAUCGCAAAGUCAUCAAAACGCUUCAAUGCGAGCAAAAAGUAGGCACGCAAGCUAUUCCAAUCUCAGCUGGCGACAUAAGCGCAGAUGGAUCUCUUGUUGCCUAUGCGCAUAGCUAUGACUGGGCCAUGGGGAAGAGUGGUUACAGAAAUCAACCUACCUCGGUGCACAUUCGACCGCUAUCGUGA